UAGAUUUUUUUUCAUAAUUUAUUUUAAUUUUUGUUUAUGUUUAUAAACUUCAUUAAGACAUUUAUUAUUGUUGAAAUGUCUAAAGUACAGUUAUGUCCGCUUGUUCCGUGUAACUUCGCCAUGUUCUGUGGAAUGAUUUACAUAAUUGUCAUUAUGGUUGGCACAUUUUAUUUUUCAAGCAUUAUAUCAUCGCAACAACAAUCAUAUACACAUCUACAACGAAAGAACACGUUAGUAUAUUACGGGGUGAAUCGGCGCUUAUCCAUUGAUCCUACAGAAGAUGUAAAGGAGAAGCACUAUCACGUUACAGAAGGUCAUCCUCAAAAGCAAAUGACAAAAAUAGGAAACUCUUCAUGGUUGAUACCCUUAUGCUACGUACAAUGGUUGUUGCCUUUAUUGCCAUUCUGUGAUAAACAUCGACAACAGGACCAUUCAUUAUUAAUGCAACCGACGAAAUCGACUAACAAAAUGCAAUCGAAAAACAAUACAUCGAUUGGGUCUGACCAGAAAGAUUUCGUGACAAAUCAGUUCAUCACAAGAUCUAAGGGAAAAUACAAUGUCAUAGAUCUUCCAUUCUCGAAGCUAGUUCCUUUGGUCUACAUAAGCACUGCGUUCAUCUUCGGAGUUGGGUUUAUUAUUAUAUUAGUCUUCUCACUAUGUGUUUGCGUACGAUCAUGGAGCACAAAUUUGACUAUUCAUGUAUCGUAAAGAUACGUUCAGAAGUAUCGCGGUAUCCGGCUUUGUUAAUAUGGUGAUUUAAAAACACUAAUGAGUCGACGGAAAAAACACACUUCACUGGACUAAUUUUCAACAAUGCCUUCAUGCAGGAUGAUCAAGUGAAACCACGUGGCCUGCGGAAUGGAAGUACACCAUAAUGAGUCGUUACUUCACUUAUAAGUACUGUACGUCGGACCGACUAAGUCC